UCCAAGUACAAGUGGACUACUUCAAUUACGAAUCGUGCAACAAACGAUGUCGAUCCAUUCUAGUUCCAAUCUUGUCCUACACGGCAAUGCAUACGAUUAUCUGUCAACAAAUCUCAUAGGCGAAAAAGAAGCUCCAGGAUGACGGAUUGGAAGGGUAUCGUCAAGAAAGGCUGGCAUCCCGAGAAAGAAGGGACCUCGUUAAAGGGCCAAGUGAAAGGUCUCGUCGGCAGAGGAGACAAAUCCUCAUCACCUUCGACAUCAAACCAUUCCGCCCCUCCGAUCUCCUCACUACGCGAUCCCUCGUCCUUCGGCCCACCACCGAAGCAUGUUGCAACCGGCGGAAGCGGAAGUCCUAGCGUCCAAACUUCAAGCCCAACUACUCAACAAUACCAAUCCCACGCCGGGCAAACCUACGGCAUCCAGGAACAACAUCAAUCACAAGUAGAACAACCAACCGAACCAAAACCCUACCGCCUCAACACAACAGGCCUAUCAACCACCCACCUCCCACCCCCACCCCUCCGACACAGCAGCCCCAACAAACGCGAACCACUCCCUCCCCCACGAUCCCCCAUCAAACCCGCCAGUCCACCCUCCCUACCCCCUCGCCUCCCACCACGAAGCGGAACCUCCUCUCCAGCACAAACACAAAGCCCCAUCUCAACCGGCGGUAGCCAACCCCCAAGCUACUUGAACCAAGGCGCCGUCGACCGACUAGGAGCAGCCGGAAUAUCAGUCCCAGAAUUCGGAAUCGGAGGAGGAGGUCCACCACCACCACCACCGGCUCGCCCAGCAUCGCCUCCGAAACCAUCGAAUGGACUUGGCGGGCUACAGAGUCGUUUCUCUAAAUUGGGCACUGGAACUUCACAGCAAGAAUCUACGGCUACGCCAAUGCAGGGAACGUCAUGGGCGGAUAAGCAAGCAGCACUACGAACGGCGUCGAAUUUCAAGAAAGACCCUUCGUCGGUCUCAUUUGCGGACGCGAAGGCUGCUGCUGGGACAGCACAUAACUUCCAACAGAGACAUGGGGAUCAGGUAGCUUCGGGAUUAAGUACAGCGAAUAGGUUGAAUCAGCGGUUUAAUGAUGCGGGAGAUGGCGGACAGGGACCGGCAACGGCAACGUCGCCAAUGAGUCAAAUCUCUGGUGUUAUAGGGAAGAAGAAACCUGCACCUCCACCGCCAUCGAAGAAGCCUCAGUUGUCUACGGCGAGUAAUGGGGCGAGCGGCCCGCCUCCUGUACCAAUGGCUUCGAAACCGAGGUUUAACUAGUGAGAAUUACGAAGUACCACUUAUUGUUUGCAUGGUCACUGGCGUUGGGAAUAGCA